AUGAAAGCAGCCCUCCAUUGGUUUUGGUAGCCGGAGGGGGAAGUGGGUUGUGCUGGUGGAUUAUCUAAACAGGGGACUCUCUCACCCAUGUACACUCACAGCGUGCUUUAAAAUGCAAAACACUAAACAUGAAGCCAACUCGACAGAUGUAAAACCCACUAAAUUACAGAUGCUGGAUUUAGGCGACCGUCUCAAAUAAAAGGUAAGGUUGUUUUCCAUGUUUGAACUUAGCCAAAUGCUUUAGCCGAGCUCACAUCUGGUUCAGCUGGCGAUGUCAUCCACUGCAUCCCCUGCAGAGGCUUACAACAUCGGCAUAGGAGGUCAGGGAGAGCCGGGGGUCUCCUCACUAAAGUGUAUUAAUGUUUGAAAACGCUUAAACCUAGAUUUCUGCCGCUCAAUUGUCAUACAAGCUGCAUAUGUAGCUCGACGCCAUAGUUAUUUUGGGUCUCCUCGGUGAUGUGAGCCGCCGUCGAUAAUGCCGAAUCACGACCCAACUGCUAAUUUAGGUUACACGUAAAUAAAAAGUUGACAUUUGAAGGACUUAACUAAUGCAUUUGACAUAAACCGUAUGGUUGUAGAAUCUUGAUUAUCUUAUAUUUGUUCAGUAGGGAAUGAUUUAAAGUCGUCGUACUGAUACUCUGCAUCAACACAAACUAACUACACGUUAUCACACUUGUCAACCAACGACCAACUAAAUGUACAAACAAGUCAACGCAAAUUAUCAGUGCUAAGAGUUUAUUAACCGACUGAUGGGUCAUAUUAAAGUCUAACUCAACGUUUUAACAUAAUUCUGUGUAACUGAACCAUAGUUAAACAUUGUUUUAUUCACCUUCAUGUAUCACUUUAUUUUUUCAUUUCUAUGCUUAACAUAUGCUACAGGUAACAGAAUCUACAUAAGGUAUUUUUUCUAUAACUUUUCUGUUGGUGUUUCCUUUUUAACCAACCAGUUUAAAUGUCUGCUUUCUUCAAUUUGACUGAAGUCUCUGUCACUUAGCUUCUGUUUUAAUGUCCCCAACUGUUUCUUGCUGUCUCUUACUGUUGACUGUUAACCACCAAUCCAAAGUCAUGUACACUUCCAAUAGAUUAAAAAUGAUAUUAAAGGUAUCCUCCAUGUUGUCUGUAGAAUAAUGCAGUUUAAUGCUGCUCUUGGAAUACAUAUCAGUCAUGUGAUGGAAUCUAUAGCAUGACCAAGAUACAUAUAUAAUCUAGAUACAGAGUAAUUGCUGUAAUUUUGGUUGUGUUUUCAGAGUACUUAAAUUAAAGGAUUAUAAUACGUUAUAUUAUGUGUUGUUAUUGUUAUAAAAAGGGCCCACUUUAUAAAAUUAGAUUACUUUGCUAUAUUGAAGCAAAAACAUUGUUACCUUGGUAACUCAGCCCCUAUUGAUUGAUGUCCUUCAGGUAAUGGAUUCCAGCCUUUCUUGUUACAUCCUUGCCAUCCUGAUUGGCUGUGUCCAGUACUCCUUUUCCACAAGACACAAUGACACCCAUCUCUAUGAGUACUGUGUGCUGGGAGCCGGGCCUGCUGGGCUGCAGAUGGGUUAUUUCCUCAACAAGGCGAAAAGAGACUACAUCAUCCUGGAGAGGAACUCUGGGCCGGGCAGCUUCUUUAACAAGUAAAAAACUUUUUGGCAAAGACUGAAAUGUUUACAUGUUCUGGUAUAAUUUCCCCAUUUUUUAAUGUUGUCUGUUGCCUUAUAUUUGUCAGGGAUGGGUACGAUAUGCAUAGACAAAUGUGGAAACUAGGAGCAGCUAUCUAAUGCAAGUGUCUUUGUGUUUAUUUGCAACCUUAGAAGAUUCAAACUCUAAAUUAAAAGGAUAAAACAUAAAAAGUUAAAUGAAGAUGUGAUUAAAUACACAUAUAGUACACAUGGAAUCAGACGUGAGUGCAGGUUUGCAGCUGUUUAAACCUGGUAUUUGUACCUCUUUGGCAUCUCUAUCAGCAAACCCUGGAAAAUGCAAGAUGGAAAUUUCACUGAUUUCAUCCUCCUGACAGAUAUGUUUUCUUUUCUGCUCUUGGCAAGAUACCCCAGGCACAGGAAGCUCAUCAGCAUCAACAAGAUCCACACAGGAAGGCAGAACCGCGAGUUCAACUUUCGCCACGAUUGGAACUCACUGCUGAGCGAUAAACCGGACCUCCUUUUUAAGAGCGUCAGCGAGGACUUUUACCCUCCUGCCGAUGCUUUCCCAGUUUACCUGUCCAUGUUCGAGAAGGAGUUGGGGCUGAAGGUUCGGUAUGGAGUGGAUGUGGGAAGGAUAAGGGCAGUGCUGUCACCCUCUGGAAGGAGAUACAUCCUAACUGAUCAGCGUGAAACACACUACACAUGCAGGUAUUUGUUGUCACAUAAAACCCAAUUUCACUGUCAUUUUGAUUUUAUAUUUCAUCAGGUGGUUUUUCUGUCUUCUUUUUUAGCGCCCUCCUGGUAGCCACUGGUUUAUGGGUCCCUCAAAAGGUGGAGUUCGUUGGUGCUGACCUGGUUGAAGGCUAUGAGUCCAUCUCAACUAAUCCAGAAGACUACAGGAACCAGGCUGUUCUUAUCCUGGGCAAGGGGAACUCUGCUUUUGAAACAGCUCAGAGCAUCUUGGGAAGCGCGAGUCGGGUGCACAUGCUCAGUUCAAGUCCUGUUCGACUGGCCUGGCAGACACACUAUGUUGGAGACCUCAGGUAGUUUUUGACCUCUGAUGUCUAUUGAUAGUUCCUAACAUUUGUUACAUCAGUAGAAUCACAGUUGGCAGGACUCAACUGGAUAACACUCUGGAGUGUGGUAAAAACAGGCUGUACUCGUCAAAAAGGUUAUUUAUGGAAGCAAACAGGCAAACAAACCCCUCAGGGAAAGGCAAGGUCAGAGUCUGAACGACAACAACAUAGAUCAAAACCAUAAAUAACACACUAAAGAACUGGAGCUUGGACUUGAGGGGAAGACACUGACACUCAGACAAUCACACACAGGGGGGGAGAUAAGAAGGCAGGAUGUGGCGGAUCCUACACCAGAGGACAUGCAGACAACACAAAAAUAAAUCAGGAAAGAAACUACAAUAAGAAAGGGAUACUUAACCUGAAUACAGAGCUGGACAUAAAGGCAGUACUAUCACCUGGGGACGUCUGAGUCUGAACAUUUUAACCCCUUAUGCAAGACUUUUAGUUGUUCUAUCAUUGUUCCAAAUUUCAAGCAAGCUGAUUGUUUUAUAUAUUUCUUGCAUCAGGGUGUGCAUUGAACAAAAACUGUUGUGCAUCAUCAGGACCAGAUGAAAAUGUCAUAGAAAUCUGUUUUAAGAGAAAAACAAGUUUAUUUAACCCUUCUGACAGUGUUACAAUUUCUGUCUUGUAGCACUUUGAUUGGUGCUCAGGCACUGAUGGACUGUGGGUUAAAAUGAACAGAAACGGAAACAACCUGGUCAAAGUUGCUGCUUGCUCUAGGAUUGAUUUAAUUAAAAAUCCAUUAAAUUUGCACUGUUUAAAAACAUUAUGAAAACACUACACGUGUGGAUGAAUUGCUGAAAUCUAUUUUGCUCUUGAGCCAUCAGUACUUGUAACCCUAGAUAAUGUUCUUGUGUUUUUCAGAGCUGUAAAUAAUGAGCUGCUGGAUACGUACCAGCUGAAGUCUCUGGAUGGGUUGGUGGAGGCACGCCUGGAGAAAAUCGUCAUUGCUCAACGAAAGGAGCAAAGCAGGAGAGGCUCCAGGAAGACAGAGAGAAAAAGAAAACUAUAUUUGACUUUAAACAAGUACUUACAAAACCAGGAGGAGAAGAACAGCUCUGAUGUGACUGGAGAAGAGCUGCCGGGGUUUCACAAUGAUAACUUCUCCAUGAGAAAGCCAUACGACCGCGUGAUCCGGUGUCUCGGGUUCAGAUUCAACUUCAGCAUCUUUGAUGGGUACAAAAACUCAGUGUGUAACAGGGAAGGGUUAUUUUAUUGUUCCCAUGCAACAGUUACCUGACCAAUCAACAUGGUUUAUUGGUGCUUCUCUCUCCAGAUCUGCCUGCCCACCAAACAGUGAAAAUGCAAAAGGGAGGUUGCCGGGGGUAACGGCCUGGUAUGAAGGGAAGAACACCCCUGGACUGUUUGUGCUGGGAACUGCUGCUCACUCCAGAGACUACAGACUGUCUGCUGGAGGCUUCAUCCAUGGUUUCAGAUACACAGGUAAAGUCAAAAGAUUCACAUUUGUUAAGGAGGUAAUGCUUCUUUUACAAAUUUGGCAUAAAAAUAUAAAAUCUGUAUGAGUGGGCCAGGAUUUACGUGUUACAGUUCAUGUUUGUUGUAUUUGCCAAAUCAAUCAGGUAUCAGCAGGCUUGUAAAGCACUUUGGUUCAACUGGGGUUGUUUGUGAAUGUACCAUAUAGAUAAACUUUACUUUAUCAUGAUAGUUUUUUAAUAUUCCAUCAAUCUUAAAACCUCUUAAUUUUUCUAGAAAUGAUUUUAAUAUUUGGGUGCAUACCUCUGAAGAAAACCAGAGUGAUGUCUCUGUAUAACCAGUUUUUUACAGUGAAACUGAGACUCAAAGGAAACAGAUGAAUAAGUGCUCAUCUGAGGGGUUAAAUCAAAACAUGAUGGUGUUGAUUUAUAGUCAGAAAGAGUCAUUUUCAUUUAGAUUUUCAUCAGUCAGUCUCUUCUCAAGUUGCAAUUUGGACUGUAAACAAGGCAGUAUAGAAAAGACAGUCUUAGUUGCCUGAAAAUAGUUGACAUAUACAAUUGUGCAUUAAAAAACAUGGUAUCGACUCAUUAUUAAAGUGAUACUGCAACAAAAUGUGAUUUUCUGACAGUGCGAGCUGUUCAUCGUGUUCUGGAGCAGCGCUAUCAUGGUAAGCUGUGGCCGUCCUCCAGCCUGUUGAUGACUCAGCUGCAGACGUGGAUUCUGAAGCGGGUUGGUGAGGCGUCUGGACCAUAUCAGAUGUUUGAGGUGCUUGGGGACGUCAUACUUCUCAGAGGGUGAGUAAAAGUCCAGUAUGGGCUCAUUUAUAACGGGGUUUUGUCUCGCCCUGUCAGGGUUCUAUUUGGCAUAACCAUGGCAGACCCAUACAUCUUCCCGUCAUUUCCAGCUACUGACAUAAAUCCAGCAACACUUGGCUAAAAUAAAAUCGUGAUUUUCUGUUGCUGUGAAUUGAAUAACACUUUUUAAAAUUGAAGUUCUAACACUACAGUUAUUCUUUUCCUGCUCUUUAAACUUGGGUUAAUUCCUCUCUUCAGCUCUCACUGUGAAUACCUGGAGGAGUUUCCUCUUCAAGCUCUGCCUCAGUUCUCGUCUCUCUCGGGCCACGAGGUGUCUGAACAUGGACUGAUUGUUGUUCUCAUGCAGUACGGGAAGAAGAAGAUAGACUAUCUAGGGCGGAGCAGAGCAGAAACAGACUGGACCAAAGCUUGGAAGUCCAACUUUCUGCACCCUGUUUUAUACUAUUAUGACAAGCUUCCUACAGGUGAGUAUAAACACUGCUGCCAUCAAAGAGAGCUUUUUAGACAGGGACUCACUGUUGAACAUUUACUGCAUAUUAAUAAUGGAGAGUGGGCCUCCACCUCCUACUUAGCGAAGUAAGACAAUACUUUUUAUUUUGCAACCAGGUCCUGAAUGUCAGUUCACAUCUGCUUUUUCUCUUCAGAGGGCGAUAUGAAGCUCAGACCUAAUGGCUGGCCUUUACCCAGACCCAGAGCGGUCCAUCACAUGGUUGAGGACUUCCUCACAGAGUGGGAUGGUCCCAUGUCUCAUAUCCAACCACUGAGACGCUUCCUGGAACACUGUGUCCAAACAGACCUCCGAGCUUUCUAUGCAGGUAAAACUGAAGGUCCUGGACCAUUUCUAGUUUGCUAGUGUCCUGGUUUCCACUUUCCUCAAAAUGUCGGGUGUGCUGAUGUAAGAACACAGCAGGAAAAAGUCUGUAAAAUUUGCUGUGAAAACUGAAAGAAUAAGUGAAGACUGCUUCCCAUACAGGACUUUAUAAUGAUGAACAGAUGGUAAAAUAUCAGUGGCAGUUAGCUCUACUCACUCCCACGUUUCCUCUUGUCUUUUAGAAUCAUGUUUCCGCUUCUCCCUUACCCACCGCACGCCACCACUCUUCUGCCAGCAUGGAUACUUGAAGGAGCAGGGUGUCCCUCAGGACCGUCAGCUGUGGCAGCAUGUUCAUCCUGAUAGUUUGACGCCCACUAGGACAGACGCAGGCACGUCUGGGUACAAUCCUGCGUUACCAAACUACCUGUCACGAGCUGGAGCCUCUGUGUCUUCAGGACUGAACCUUGACCUCUGAAUGUGUCACUCGUGCCUGUUUGAGCUGUUGUGCUGUUUAAUCCGUCAGACAUACUACCUCCAUUACCCUUUAAGUUCCCUCCAUGAGGCCAAACAUGUCUGACAGCAUGCCGUCCCUCAGAUCCCUAGUUUCCAACAGUUUGGGCGUGUAAAGCAGUUUCUACUUACAAAGGUCAAAGCGAGAUUGUUUUAACCAAAGAGAGGUUUUAAAACAUUUAAGGGUCCAGAGUUAUAAAGUUAUCCAGUAACUGGAGGAAAAAGUAUGAAAAUUAAGUAUAGAUUUGUGUCUUUACUCUUUUUGUAACCAUCUCAGAAAAACUUUUGCUCGUCACUGGAAUUGCACUUUGUCUUGGAAAAGCUCCCUUAUUUUUAUGCUACACAAAUAAUAUACAUAUAUGUGCAUCAUAUGUCAUUUUCAUAUCAUGUAAAUUUAGAUUAUAUGAAACUAUAUUGGUGGAGGGUUUUAUUAUGAAAAUAUUGUAUUUUACAUGAACAAUGGUACCAAAAUAAAAACAGUUUAAACUGUGAAUACAGUUGUCAAAUCCUUAUUUCACCCAGGGCACCAGAAUGGCUGGAGCUGGCCUUGAGCCAAGUCCAGUGACAGUUGCAGGAUAUAGAGUACACAUAGACAUACAUAUAGGCCUAGAGCUGUGGUUCUCAAUUGGUCUCACUCUGGGACCCACAUUUUCCCAUGGUCCUCAAGUCACAACCCACUUUUAUAGAAUUCAAACCCAGCAAAUUUAUUUUUUAUAAAAAAACUUUUAAAGACUCUAAUCUUUAACAAUAAUCUACUUGCUUGAUUGAGUAAAGUGCAUUUCAGAGCAAAUGAAUGGGACAAUAUGAGGAAAACAACUCCUGAAGUUUCAUACACAGAAAAUAUCAAAUAUCUAAUAAAUAUUGCAUUAAGUAUUUACUUUUUUGACCAGCUGUUCAUGACCCAUACAGAACGUGACUGCAACCCACUUAUGGGACAGGACCCACCAGUUGAGAACUACUGGCUUAGAGAUGUGCAUCAGAUAUGGACAGAAUUUGUAGUUUGUAAUGGUGAAUGUUGUACAAUGUACGUUGGAGCACAUUUGCAGCAAACACACAACUUUGUUUGAUGAAUACAACAAUCGUCAAUUACAUUGCAUCACGCAUCAUCCAAGUAGUUUGUACUCAAAAUCACGUGGCCCGUACGGGGAUCGAACCCGCGACCUU